AAAUGGAGCAAGACCAAUAUUUAGUCAUAAUCUAUCAAAAUGAAACUCGCAAUACUGUUAGUAGUAGCAGCGGUGUCAGUAUCGGCACUCCCCGCGGAGGAGCCUAUACUGUACUACCACAAGAAUGUGGGCAUGAGGGAGGCAGAACGCAUCAGGCAACUCGAACAAGCCGCUGACUUCGACGGUAGCAGGAUCUUCAAUGGCUCUCCGGCAGCACUCGGCGCAUACCCCCAUAUGGGUGGAUUGGUAAUUGCAUUGCCAGUUGGUCAGUCCGUCUGCGGCUCCGCACUGCUCAGUAAUACUCGCGCUGUGACAGCGGCCCACUGCUGGUAUGACGGAUGGGUUCAAGCGACCAGGUUCACUGUAGUGUUUGGUUCCAUUCGCCUCUUCACUGGUGGACUGAGGAUAGAAACCAACAAUGUGGUCAUGCACCCCGACUGGAAUACAAGGAAUCUAAAUAAUGACAUCGCGAUGAUCAGGCUGAGCUGGGUGACAUAUACAAAUGUGAUCCGCCCCAUUAACCUGCCAAGUGGUUCUUUGCUGAACAACAAUUUCGCCGGAUCAUGGGCUCAAGUUGCCGGAUUUGGCAGGACUGGCGACAAUGUCGGUAUCGCAUCAACUCAAUUCCUGAGCCAUAUCACGCUCCAAGUGAUCACCAACGCCGUGUGUCGCAUGUCCUACCCGUUCUCUGUUAUCGCCUCAACGCUCUGCGCGGCCGCGGCGCCCAACGGGGGCAACAUCUGCAGCAGUGACUCUGGCGGGCCGCUGUCAAUGGCCAUUAACGGACAGCAAGUACUCAUCGGAGUGGUGUCAUUCGGGUCAGCGAGAGGCUGCGAGGGUGGGCAACCAAGUGGCUACGCGCGUGUCACAUCGUUUGUGCCUUGGAUUCAGUCACAACUAUAAUCAAACUGGAAAUUAUAAGGGAUCAUAGCGAGCAAUCGUUUUGUUAUUGUGUUGAUUUAAUAAAUAAUAUUAACGAGA